GCACUUGCUUCCUCUUUCUCUAUAAAUACAGCUAUUCACAAAGUUCAUCUUCAUUCCUUUGAUCCCAUUAUAAUCUCUCACUACACAGUUCCAUUUAUAUAUAUAUACAUAAUAUUUUGAACUGUUUGAUCCAUUUUAGUUUCUGGGUAUUGCUUGUUUGAGUGAUUCUCACACAACCAUGAACGCUCUCGCCGCCACAAACCGCAAUUUUCGCCACGCUGCUCGCAUUCUUGGGUUGGACUCUAAACUUGAGAAGAGUCUUUUGAUCCCAUUCAGAGAAAUCAAGGUGGAAUGUACAAUUCCUAAGGACGAUGGAACUCUGGUGUCCUACAUUGGAUUCAGAGUUCAACAUGAUAAUUCUCGUGGUCCUAUGAAAGGAGGGAUCAGAUAUCAUCCCGAGGUUGAUCCUGAUGAGGUAAAUGCUCUGGCUCAACUAAUGACCUGGAAGACUGCUGUAGCAGAUAUUCCUUAUGGUGGAGCUAAGGGUGGAAUUGGAUGCACACCAAGUGAGUUAAGUAAGAGUGAGUUGGAACGUCUCACUAGAGUCUUCACUCAAAAGAUUCAUGAUCUUAUUGGGGUAAAUAUGGAUGUCCCCGCACCAGAUAUGGGGACUAAUGCACAGACCAUGGCUUGGAUUUUGGAUGAAUACUCAAAGUUUCAUGGUCAUUCACCAGCUGUUGUGACCGGAAAGCCCAUAGAUCUUGGUGGAUCCCUGGGUAGGGAGGCUGCAACUGGGCGUGGUGUCGUUUAUGCCACAGAGGCUUUACUCGCUGAACAUGGAAAGUCAAUAAAAGAUUUGACAUUUGUUAUACAGGGUUUUGGGAACGUGGGAUCUUGGACAGCAAGUCUCAUUCAUGAGAGAGGUGGUAAGGUCAUUGCAGUGAGUGACAUCACUGGAGCGGUUAAGAACCCAAGUGGGAUUGAUAUACCAGCAUUGCUUAAUCAUAAAGAAGAAACGGGGAGCUUGAAUAAUUUUGAUGGUGGAGAUGCCAUGGAUCCAAAUGAAUUACUCCUGGAGGAAUGUGAUGUCUUGAUCCCAUGUGCCUUGGGAGGAGUUCUGAACAGAGAAAAUGCUGGGAAUGUAAGAGCCAAGUUCAUCAUAGAAGCAGCAAAUCAUCCUACUGAUCCAGAGGCGGAUGAGAUUCUAUCUAAGAAAGGGGUUAUAAUACUACCUGAUAUAUAUGCAAAUUCUGGAGGCGUGACGGUCAGCUAUUUUGAGUGGGUUCAGAAUAUUCAAGGUUUUAUGUGGGACGAAGAGAAGGUGAACAAGGAGCUUCAUAGGUACAUGACGAAAGCUUUUCAUAACAUCAAAAACAUGUGUCAGACACACAAUUGCAACCUCCGAAUGGGCGCCUUCACACUGGCAGUGAAUCGUGUUGCUCGGGCUACUGUAUUAAGAGGAUGGGAAGCAUAAUCAGUUUCUUUCCAUUUUAUUUUUCUCUUUGUUAUUUAAAUAUAUGCUUUUGUUACAGGUGAAGAAUGUAGCUUGACAGCCAUUCUUCCCUACCAUAAUGUUUCCCAGUGUUCUCUUCUUUCUUCAGUUGUGAAAUUUUUACAGAUUGUCAAGUGAAUCAAAUGGGGGAUUGAUUUAAGGGGAAAUAACAAAUCUGUGUACUAGUUGGGAAAAAAAAAAUUCAGAAUAAUGAUAUAAUUUAUAAAUUUUAAUUAUUAAAAUCA